UUUUGUUUGCCUGGUUUUCCCUCCCAGAUUCCGAUAAAGCCCAUGAUCCAACCUGUUACCUAACAAGGCUGGUGGCACUUAGCCCUUCUCACCCUCUAGUGGGAACACUGGCCUGGGAUUAAAGCGCAGACCACCAACCCCGAACCACACUCAGCCUGAGCCACCCCAAGGAGUGGGAACCUGUCACAGUCUUCAAGCGACUUCAAGUGACUUGUCGCAGCACCAACAGGUGGAAUGAAAGUUCUAAUCGCUUCCCUCCUUCUGUUGCUGCCACUAAGGCUGAUGUCCACGGUCUCCAGCAACCCAAAUACAGGAAUCACCAGAGGCCAUAGGGACCCACGGCAGGCUUCUGGGAAGUGGCUCCAGGAAGCUGUCCAAGAAUGUGAGUGCAAAGAUUGGUUCCUGAGAGCCCCUAGAAGAAAAUUCAUGACAGCGCACGGGCUGCCGAAGAAGCCAUGUCCCUGUGACCAUUUCAAGGGCAGAGUGAAGAAAACCAGACACCAAAGACACCACAAGAAGCAAAACAAGCCCUCCAGAGCCUGCCAGCAAUUUCUCAGACUAUGUAAGCUGGAGAGCUUUUCUCUGCCUUUAUAGGAGCUCUGAGAGCCCACCUUCCUGAUGAAACACUGUCAGUCAACAAGGCAGUGAGCACACCUAGAAGAUGCUCUUCUCUCGCCUCAAGCUCCCCACACCUGUCCCUGCUUCCUAAAUCAUUCCACUGUUCUCAAAAAGCAUUUUCCCCAAGA